UAGAUGCAUAUUAUUUUUCUUUUCUAUUUUUUCCCAUGAUUUAUAACUUUGAUCUGUCGAAUCCUAAAUGGAUGAAUUUACAUUUUUUUACUAAAUUUAAAUUUAGCCUUUUUAAAUUUAGAUGAUUCGAUACGUUUUUGAUUCGAUACGUUUAAAUGAUUUAUCAAGUACAAAUUCUGCCAAGGAGAUCAGGUUGUGCAUGUAGGUGCAUGCAUGAACAUUUGACUAAUUUGCAAACGUGAUUUAUGGAAAUGAUGAAAGUGGCAAGGAAAGAGAAGAGAAGAGAGCCUAAAUAUUUUAAAAAAUUUCAAAAUCUUUGGAUGGUAUGAUAGUAGAUAUAUAAAGCUUGCAGAGUAAUUAACUCAGUGUUGUGAGAAAUUUCCGAGCAGUAACUAGCGAAAUAGUAUAUCUUUAUAUGAGAUGAAUUUAUUAACAAUCAUUUUGUGCAUUCUGAUGAAAACGGCAAUAAUAAUAGCGAAAACACAAAGAUUAUUUGUAACACACUCUCCCGAUAUAAAUCAGAAUAAGCUCAUAGUCAGUUACCCCAGAGUCAGUAAUGAGGUCGUCGACUACAAGAUCCUGGAAACGCGAGGUGAAGGCUACAAUUAUACUGACGAUGCGACAAUGAUAACAGUAAAAAGAAAAACGUCACCUAUAAGAUUACCUAUACUAUCCAAAAAGGAAUCACUUAAUAUGUCACCUAUAAGAUUACCUAUACUAUCAAAAAAGGAAUCACUUAAUAUGAACGAGAUGUUUGCAUUUGGAUUGUCAUUGAGAACACCUUCUAUAUUUCCAACGAUGCCAUUAUUUUCCCGUUACUAUCUACCAAGCAAGUCUCUUUAUAGCUAUAAUACUGAUACCGGCGUCCAAGUCCAAAAAGAUGAUUAUGCAGACACCGAGUUAAAAGCUCCGGAGGCAUGAAAUAAUUAUUAACGCUAAGGAUAAUGCUUACAAGGGCAUAUUAUAUAUAGCUAAUGAAAAUAAAUUCCAAUUGAAAUUAACUCAUCUACACACACAUUAAUCAGAUUCUUCAAUAUAUUGUUGAACAUCCCGAAAAGAACGGAAAGCAAUAAGAACAUUGAAAUGGAACAAUAUGAGUAGAAUCGAUGAUAAGCUUGGACAAAAUGAGAGAUCAACAUGCACUUGAUGACAUCGCGAAACAUGGAGUACUUAGUUCCUGUAGCAAUUCUAAGAUUUGAUGCUUUUUGUAAUUAUUUUUGCGCUUAAAAUUAAUUUUUAUUUUCUGUAUCUGUCUAAGAAAAUCUCGAUAAUAUCCUGUAAAUAAAUAUCAUCAAUAUUAUAAGCAUAUCCCUCUUAUUGAAUUGGUAUCUAUCAAGAGCGAGAUCAGAUAAUAUCUGUUUUUUAAUUAUUAUGUUAACAGCUGCUUACAACGUUUUUAAGGGAGGAGCGUUAAUAAUGCAGAGGAGCUAUAAAAUUGCGGAAAGUUUGAUGUACUAUGUGUUUUUUCGAGAAAAAAAAUGGUAAGCAUUAUUAGCGUCUCGAUUUUGAAUAAUUAUACCUUUUGACAUUUUUAUUUUCAAAUUACUUCAAAAUAAAAACCUUAAGUGCACAAUUUCACGGAGACAACAAUAAUUUAAUUUG